UGGCUCGUGGGGCGGCGCUUCCGGGUGGCAGGGGAGCUAUGGCGCUGCCCUUCCUGCAGCGCGUUGAGCUCGUGCUCUUCGCUGCCGCCUUCCUGUGUGGGGCGGUGGCGGCCGCGGCGCUGACUCGGACCCAGGGAUCGUUCGGUGGCAGCUGUCCACUGUAUGGUGGGGCCACAAAGAAUGGCUCCUCCAUGACCUUAUCCCGUCCCUCGGCCCCAUCCCUCUGCUACUUUGUGGCUGGUGUGUCUGGCCUCCUGGCCCUCUACUGCCUCCUGCUUCUACUCUUCUGGGUCUACAGCAGCUGCAUCGAGGACUCCCACAGAGGUCCUUUAGGGCUCCGCAUCGCGCUGGCCAUCUCAUCUAUAGCCGUCUUCCUGAUCUUAGUGUCUGCCUGUAUCCUUCGGUUUGGCACCAGUUCUCUCUGCAAUUCCAUCAUCUCCCUGAACCUUACAAUUAGUUGUCCUGAAGCCCAGAAAAUUUCAUGGACACCCUCUCUGCAGUUUUACUCCAACCUGCACAGUGCUGAAACCUCUUCUUGGGUGAAUCUGGUAUUGUGGUGUGUGGUCUUGGUGCUCCAGGUCAUGCAGUGCAAGUCCGAAGCUACCCCAUACCGGCCUCUGGAAAGGGGUGAUCCUGAGUGGAGCUCUGAGACAGAUUCCCUUGUUGGGCCACGCCUUUCCCAUUCCUGAAGAGUCUGUCCUGCAGCCAAAGACUGUGCCCAAGUGCCUACAAUCCUCUUGCCCCAUGGCCCUGGGAGCCUGUUUUCCCUCCACGAGGGAAACGUGACAGACCCUCUCCCCAUCUCUCUUCCUACAGCUGUUUUUGUACAAAAUUAUUACAUUGCUUUCUUCAUCUCA